CGCUUUUCUUCCCUUUCACGCUUGCUUCCCGUCUAAGCCAAGAUAAUAAAACACCACUUUCUUCUUCUCUCUCAUCAACAUUUUCUGUUUGUACAACUGAAGAACGAAGCCUCACCCCUUCUUCAGUACCUUCUCUCUCUAGAACCAGAACCGCCGCUCCUUUCUCUCUCCUCAUCGACAGCGCUACCUUUUUCCUCUUCUUCUCGCUGCGUUGUUGGUGCUGCUACGGUUGUGGUUCCGGCGAUGGGACAGCAAUCGUUGAUCUACAGCUUCGUCGCUCGCGGCACCGUGAUCCUGGCCGAGUUCACUGAGUUCACAGGAAAUUUCACCGGCGUGGCGGCGCAGUGCCUCCAGAAACUUCCUUCCUCCAACAACAGGUUCACCUACAACUGCGAUGGCCACACCUUCAACUACCUCGUCGAUAACGGAUUCACUUACUGUGUUGUUGCAGUUGAGUCUGUUGGACGACAGAUUCCAAUUGCUUUCCUCGAACGAAUCAAGGAGGAUUUUACCAAGAAAUAUGCAGGAGGAAAAGCAGCAACAGCGGCUGCUAAUAGCCUCAACAAAGAGUUUGGACCCAAGUUGAAGGAGCAGAUGCAGUAUUGUGUUGAUCACCCAGAGGAAAUUAGCAAGAUUGCUAAAGUGAAAGCUCAGGUUACAGAAGUCAAAGGAGUUAUGAUGGAAAAUAUUGAGAAGGUUCUUGACCGAGGGGAGAAAAUUGAGCUUUUGGUGGAUAAAACAGAGAACCUUCGCUCUCAGGCUCAAGAUUUCAGGCAACAGGGAACCAAGAUUAGGAGAAAGAUGUGGUUCCAAAAUAUGAAGAUAAAGCUAAUUGUUCUGGGAAUCAUUAUUGCCUUGAUUCUCAUCAUUGUUCUUUCCGUUUGUGGUGGUUUCAACUGUGGUAAAUGAAUCUUCUCAUGUCGUGGCUUCAACUGUGGUAUUUUGUUUCCUCACUCGAUAAGAUUGUCGCUAAGCAGAUUGCCAUUGCCUCUAUUUUGACUUACUUUUUGGGAUUUACAUUCUUCCUGCUUCUACGAUGAUCAAUAUUAUAUGACAUUGCUUGUAUAGUGUGUAAUGCUUUAAUCUUGUCUCCCGUAGCAUAAUGCUAAUCUGCCGUUCUCUAUAGUUUAGGUAGGAAUUUCAGCAUUUGGUUUUGAGGAUUAUGAUGCUCUAUUUAUGUUACAUAUUAAGAAACCAACCUUAGCUUCGUUGAGCUUUCUAUUAUCAUAAUUUUUUUAGAUGAGAUAAUAUGUGCAUUUUUGUUUGUGUGAACAAAUUUAUCCAUCGUCGCCCCACUUACGUGCAUUCUAAACGCCAGCGGUUUGUAUUUUAACUCGUAUUAACUUUUAAUUCGUUCAUUGCUCUGCUCAAACAUUCGAAUUAAUAAUGUUUGUAUAAAUGCUAUGAUUAUGAAAUCCAUACAUACAAAUGAGCAGUUAAG